GCUGGCCCGGCUGCACGCGGGGCGGCGCUGGAGGCGGCUCCGUCCGCGGCCGGGGAGGCGGAGGGGAGGAGGGCUGCGGGGCUGGGGCGGUAGCUGCGUCCCGGCUCGGAGCCCGCGAAGAGGACGAGGAGGAAGGCGCCGCCGUGGCCGCGGCCGCAGUGCUCCGGGAGCCACACGCCAUGAGCAGCGGCCCCGCCGACGACCCCGCUGUCGCUGGCCGCCGCUGAGCCGGACCGGGAGACAGCUCGCCGCUCCCCAGCACCCUCCCCGUCGGCACCCUCGCGCCCAGAGACCAUACUGGAUACAAGUCAUCAAGUCUGCUAUCCUUUGAGGAGAUUAAAACCAGCAUUGUUCCUGAGGACUUACUCUGUGCUGGAGAGGAACCAUGAUUCCGGUGACAGAGUUCCGGCAGUUCUCUGAGCAGCAGCCUGCCUUCCGGGUGCUGAAACCAUGGUGGGACGUGUUUACCGACUACCUUUCGGUGGCUAUGCUGAUGAUCGGUGUGUUCGGAUGUACUCUCCAGGUCAUGCAAGACAAGAUCAUCUGCCUUCCGAAAAGGGUCCAGCCUUCUCAGAAUCACUCUUCCGUGUCUAAUGUCUCUCAGGCAGUUGCCAGCACCACCCCGCUGCCUCCCCCUAAGCCGUCGCCUACCAACCCCGCCACCGUGGAGAUGAAAGGACUCAAGACAGACCUGGACCUCCAGCAGUACAGUUUUAUAAACCAGAUGUGUUACGAGCGAGCCCUCCACUGGUAUGCCAAGUAUUUUCCUUACCUAGUCCUCAUCCAUACCCUGGUCUUCAUGCUCUGCAGCAACUUUUGGUUCAAGUUCCCCGGCUCCAGCUCCAAAAUAGAGCAUUUCAUCUCGAUCCUGGGGAAGUGUUUUGACUCCCCUUGGACCACACGGGCUUUAUCAGAAGUGUCUGGGGAGGAUUCAGAGGAAAAGGACAACAGGAAGAACAACAUGAGCAGGUCCAACACCAUCCAGUCUGGUCCGGAAGGCAGCUUGGUCAACUCUCAGUCAUUAAAGUCCAUCCCUGAGAAGUUCGUGGUUGACAAGUCCACAGCAGGGGCCCUGGAUAAGAAGGAAGGUGAGCAAGCGAAGGCCUUAUUUGAGAAGGUGAAGAAGUUCAGGCUGCAUGUCGAAGAAGGCGAUAUACUCUAUGCCAUGUAUGUUCGCCAGACGGUGCUGAAGGUCAUAAAAUUCCUCAUCAUCAUCGCGUACAACAGCGCCCUGGUUUCCAAAGUUCAGUUUACCGUGGACUGCAAUGUUGACAUUCAGGACAUGACCGGAUAUAAAAAUUUUUCUUGUAAUCACACCAUGGCCCACUUGUUCUCAAAACUGUCCUUUUGCUACCUGUGUUUUGUAAGCAUCUACGGACUGACGUGCCUUUACACCUUAUACUGGCUGUUCUACCGUUCUCUACGGGAAUACUCUUUCGAGUAUGUCCGCCAGGAGACCGGCAUCGACGACAUUCCAGAUGUGAAAAAUGACUUUGCUUUCAUGCUUCAUAUGAUAGACCAGUAUGACCCGCUGUAUUCCAAGAGAUUUGCCGUGUUCCUGUCUGAAGUGAGCGAGAACAAAUUAAAGCAGCUGAACUUAAAUAACGAGUGGACUCCUGAUAAAUUGAGGCAGAAGCUGCAGAUGAAUGCCCAUAACCGGCUGGAACUGCCUCUCAUCAUGCUCUCUGGCCUUCCGGACACGGUCUUUGAGAUCACAGAGCUGCAGUCUCUAAAACUUGAAAUCAUCAAGAAUGUGAUGAUCCCAGCCACCAUCGCGCAGCUCGACAAUCUCCAGGAGCUCUCACUCCACCAGUGCUCAGUCAAAAUCCACAGUGCAGCACUCUCCUUCCUGAAGGAGAACCUCAAGGUCCUGAGCGUCAAGUUUGAUGACAUGAGGGAGCUGCCCCCCUGGAUGUACGGGCUCCGGAAUCUGGAAGAGCUCUACCUGGUCGGCUCUCUAAGUCACGAUAUCUCCAAAAACGUCACCCUUGAGUCUCUGCGGGAUCUCAAAAGCCUUAAAAUUCUCUCUAUCAAAAGCAACGUUUCCAAGAUCCCGCAGGCCGUGGUGGACGUGGCCAGCCAUCUCCAGAAGAUGUGCAUCCAUAACGACGGCAGCAAGCUGGUGAUGCUCAACAACUUGAAGAAGAUGACCAACCUGACGGAGCUGGAGCUGGUCCACUGUGACCUGGAGCGCAUUCCCCAUGCUGUGUUCAGUCUGCUCAGCCUCCAGGAACUGGACCUCAAAGAGAAUAAUCUGAAGUCCAUAGAGGAAAUCGUUAGCUUCCAGCACUUGAGAAAGCUGACGGUGCUCAAACUGUGGCACAACAGCAUCACGUACAUCCCGGAGCACAUCAAGAAGCUCACCAGCCUGGAGCGCCUGGCCUUCAGUCACAACAAAAUAGAGGUGCUGCCUUCCCACCUCUUCCUGUGUAACAAAAUCCGGUAUUUGGACUUGUCCUACAAUGACAUCCGGUUCAUCCCGCCCGAAAUCGGAGUUCUGCAGAGUUUACAGUACUUCUCCAUCACGUGUAACAAAGUAGAGAGCCUUCCCGACGAACUCUACUUCUGCAAGAAACUGAAAACCCUGAAGAUAGGGAAAAACAGCCUCUCGGUACUUUCACCGAAAAUCGGGAAUUUGUUAUUUCUUUCCUACUUAGACGUUAAAGGCAAUCACUUUGAAAUCCUCCCUCCGGAACUGGGAGACUGCCGAGCCCUGAAGAGAGCCGGGUUGGUUGUGGAAGACGCUCUGUUUGAAACUCUGCCUUCGGACGUCCGGGAGCAAAUGAAAGCGGAAUAACUUCUUUUUCUUUAAAGCUUCACUGAACCGUGCUUCUACCAAAUACAGUAUAAAUAAUUAGGUAGUCUUAAUGCCUUUCCUAUUUUAUUUUUUUUUUCUUUUUCACACAACACAAAAUGUACACAGAGAUUGAGUAAGGAGUCUGUAUUUUUUAAUAAAAAUUUAAUUGUAUUUUUUCAAUAUUAAUAUUUUAAAGUUUUAUUUGUCCUGGAACCUAAUGUAUCUAUUAUUGUUUUCUACUGACAGAAACAGGUGGUUCCAUCUGGGGGUUUUUUGUGUGUGUUUCAUUUCAUUCUCGUGAAAGGGAGGAAAUUUUAAGUUGCAUGCUCUUUGGUCUUUUUUAAAAACAUAUUUUGCCAAGGUGAUUAUUUUGCUUGUUUACACCUGUCCAGGGUCCUUAUAUUUGUUUUCCUUGUGUAUGUACCAAGGAGUCUGUACUAGUCAUCGUCCUACUGACUGCCUUCUGCACUGGCCAAGUCCUCCGUCCUACAGAAGACUCUCCUCUGGAGGGUAAAUUCACAGAAGUGCAUUGCCACAGACCAUUGUUUUCAAAAUUUCUCCUCAUCUCCAGCAGAACCCCACUUGUGUUAUUUCCUCUACUUGACGAUCCAUGUGUGAUCGUUAGGCUGGGAUUUUGUUACGUGAGUGAAGACAGUAAUCUCUUCCAUGCUGAGCUGAUCUGAAUUGGUCAUUUCCCAUCUUAUAACUGAUUUGCGUUCUCACCAACAUUUCAAAAAUAUCGUUUAAACACAAAGUACAGGGGCUCUCCUUCCCCCAUCUCACCCCCGCCCUCCAUCUGAAUAUUGCUAUGUAGUACUGGUGAACCACCUUAGAGAAGCUAAAUUUAUUUUAAUUAAAAUAGGUAAUUAAAUUUAAAAAUCAGAAUCAGAAGCCUGGUUUUUUAGUAAUGUAAUAAUCUUUGAUAUCUUGAUAUGUGGGUACAUCAGAUGGAAAAAAUAUUCCCCGCUGAAGCACUCUUUGAUAGAGCUGGCGCCCUGUAGCCAGGUGUGCUGGUGGCCCCAGGCGGCGGUGGGUCCAGCCUCCGCUUUCCAUUCUGCCUGCUCCACCGAAUAACUCACAUCCCCAUAAACUGAGCUCCCGUAACCCUGCCCAUGCUGUGGAUGCGAGUGUUGCAGACACAGGAACUCCUUCUGCUUUUUGGCUUAAAAUAAGCAUCUCAUCUAAAAUGGUCCUGUUACUUUUUUUUUUUUUUUUUAAAGGGUGAACAAAUUGCUAAGUGGAUGUCACCUAGAAAAUAAUUUUUGCUUGAUGGUCAGCAGGGCUUUUCCUUAUCUUUGUAUUUAAUCCAACCUAGUAGAUGCAUCUUGGGCAAAAUCUGUUCCUGAUUCUUCUGCUGUGUAGAACAGGAAAAUGAAAACACUUUUUGUGCCCUCAAUCCAAGACUGGUAUUGCUGAUUGUGGGAAUUUUGUUUUAUGUAAUAAAUUCACACUUGACUGUUUUCAGAACUCUAGUCUCACCUAGGAGAGUUUUGUGACUUAACAAUGAAAGGAACUAGGAAGAUGAUUUGGGGUUUCAAACUAACUGCUUUUAAAUUUUUACGCCUUGAUCCCAGUGACUUCGCACAGUGCUGCUCCGAGUCACGUACAGAACACAACUUCUAGGAACUACACAGCAGACACACGUACCUCAGUCGUGUUUGAGAUGCAGAGAGUUGUUAUGGAGGGAAGAUUUGGGAAAGAGAUGCUUUUCAUUUGUUUAAUAAUGAAAUCAAGAAGUCUAGGAUGCUUUAUGACUUCUGCUCUUGUCCAAGUAUCAGAACAGUGAUUUUGUAUAACUUAUUUCCCACCUAGAAUUGAAGUGAUAUGUUUAAAAGAGUACAUGGCUGUAUUUCUUAUGGGAGAGAAUAUUUGAUUCCAGAACAUAGUUAGGAUCCUGAUUAUGAACAAUUUGUUGUAUUUACCAACACAGACCUCUUUGUUUUAAGCAAACAAACUAAAGACUUCAAAGAUUCUCCAUGACUGAGUAUGACAAAAACACCCUCUUGAAAGGUAAGCUUAAAUAACUACUGGUAAAACACUGGGUGCACUACUUUUCUGGAUAAAAUUUAUAGUUGUUUUCUAUAUCACCCUUCAAAAGGGAUCUAUUCAGGUUAAAAAUCAUUCGUGCUGACGUCUUUUAUCUAGUGUUAAUUCAUAAUCUCACAUGAGCUUCACAACUGAAGUAAGGGACUAGUAAGUAGUUUUAUCACUUGUAAUAAUUUGCUCCCAAUUCUAAAAGAGACUGAUUUGCUUGCUUAAUGAUGUCACAGGCUGACCCCUAACCUAAAUUCUAAAUAACAGCCCAUAAUUCAGUAUUGUUCUGUGACUUUAUGCUUUAAAGAAGAAGGAAAAUUCAUAGAUGUUUCUAUUGGAUUUUAUAAAAAUUCCAAAGUCUCAAACUUCAUCUGGAGUCUCAGUUUUCUGACUCUGGCCCUUUUUAAUGUCAUGAGUUUGGGUUCACAUUUAUAAGCAAAAAGUAUUCAAUUGCAUUUAGCCUUUAAAUGGGAAACUCAGGUAAAUGAACUGCUGACUUUUUUAAAGUCCUUUAAUGGAUCAACUCAGUGUAAAAGGGGUAUUUACCUAAUCCCUUUCUGUAUUUUACAAGUGCUCUUGCUAAAAAGGAACAACUAGCUCUAUUUCUCCAACCUCUGUAGGAUUCAUGAGAAACUGCUUCUGUCAGUGGAAAAGCACCAUAGGUGCUCACCACGCCUAUGGCUGCUGGAAGCCCAUGAUGGACGCGCUUUCUGGUCGGUUUUCAUGGUUAAGCGCAGAACAGGUAUCUGUCUGGUGAGGGUCUGCUUGAAGCAGAGCAUAGAAGUAUAUCCCAGUGGAACUCCCCUAAGAAGAUCACACCUCAGAAAACUAGUUAUGUGAUAGGUUCUUGUUUCGUUGUUUUUGUUCUUUUAACACUCUUAACAUAAGUGUUCUUGAUACAGUGAAACAAUUGUAGAUUUUUCUUGUUCACCCAACAAGAAAAAUGCCAUUACAUUUCCCCCGAAGCUGCUGUAAAGAGUUCCAACAACUUACAUGGCAUCCCGUUUGGCAGGAAGGCCUGGAAAGUCGCCUUCUAGGAGUACUUCAUCCAUUUAGAGGUGCCCCCGUAUCUGCCUCUCAAGCCAUCUUCUUAGAGAGGGUCUGAAACAAGCUAGCAUCUUUCUCAGGCUACUGGGGAUGAGGAAGGUCCAAGUUCUUGCAAUAUGCUGUUUUAUGAUUUCUGAUAUUAAGAAAAAAGAAGAGAGAGUCUUUAUAUCUCUUCUUACUAUCUCCCCCAAGAGGAUUUUUGCUGUUAUUUUUCCAAGUCUAUCAUUUAAAAAAAAAAAAAAAAAAGUCCAUUUUUAAGUAGUUUAUUCUACACUCUAAUUUCCUACCAAAUACCUGAUCAAUAGUAAUGCUAUACUUCAACAGUGGACAUCCAUGAUCCAUCGUGAUGAAAAUGGUCAGCAAUACUUAGUAGUGACUAGACAAGAUAAAUUUUCAUAUAAUUUUAAUUUGUGUUCUCCCGUUAAUUCUGAAUGUGAUAAUGCUCGUCAAUGCAGUUGACAUUUUUGGUAGGAUCUCAGGAACUCACAGUAAGGCCCCACGGUAACCUUAAGUUAGUAAAACAAGUAAACGAAACAGCACAGUUAUGAGUGAGGGAAUGCCUCAAGGGUCUGUAAGAGAUUCUCAUCCUUUCUUGUCAAAUCAGACACAUUGUAAGAAAACUUGGACAGUCUCGACCAGACCUGCCGUUGAUUUUUCAGAUUUUGGCCUCAGUGACAUGCUUUGGAUACAAUUUCACGGCAGCCUUUCAAACGAGGUGUUCCGGCUCAUUGCGUCUUCCCAGAGCCAUGCAGGACAAAGGCAACAUCCUGAGGUUCAUUCUGGGGAGAGGGAACAAUAUCCUGCCGCCCCAGGGAAUUUUUUCUUUAUCAGAAGACUGUGAAAAGGGGUUCUUUGAACAACUUGUUGGCCAUGUGAAGUGACAGUUCCUGUGCAUGGUUUUUAAUGUAGUUAGACAUUUGCUCUCUCCUGAAUACGAGUCCCUCUCCAACCUGAUUCUGCCUCUUGAAUGAGUGUUUUUACUGGGUUGAAACGCAAUGCCUCAUGUGCUCCCCUCGUCGGUCUUCUGCCACUUGUUUUCUCCCACUGUGUUCAGACUGUGUCAAAUGCUCUUAAAACCUCUAAGGCUGUCCAGAAAAUGCUUGAAAGUUGAUUCAUUGUAGUGCAAAUUCCCAAUAAAAUGUCUUCAUGUUAUUUGGUUAUGUAGUACACAGGAACAGAAAAUAACUUAAAUAAAGUCAUUUUUGUAAUUUAAA